AUGGCUGAAGAAGUAGAACUAUCUUUAGAAAUAAGCCACGAGGAGGAAGUCUUAAGCAGCCAAAAGAAGGAAGAGAAAGGAGAGGAAGUGAGUGCAAAGGUGUGGAUGACUGUGUCUUUGUGUGUAGGGGUACUUUAUGCAUGAGCUAAUAUUUGUAUUGUGGAGAAUGCUAAGUAUAAGGUGAAGGCGGUAGGGAUGACUGCGAUUGGGGCUACUGUGGGCAAUUUAGGGCCGUUGGUUUGGAUAUAAUGUUUCGUCAAAAAUUAAAACAUAGGAAAGAAUCUCUUCUUGAUCCUUCCAUUCCAAACCCGCCUUGGUUCAAAUGGUUUUAUGACAUUUACUAUAUGCGCUCCAAAGAUAAUGAAGGGAGGAUAAUUCCAAAUAAAUGGGAAUCUAAACUUCACUAUCGAAGAAUAGCAGGGACUGCUUUUAUAAUUUUUGCUCAUCUAUGAAAUCAUGUUACAUUUGUAUUAGCUUUCCACUACGCUGAAGUUGGUAACCUCAAUAGUGGAGUAUUGGCUUCUCUUACUGUAUUAAGAGUGUUGUUCACAUCGAUUAUUUUCUAUAUUUUGUUCAACCAAAUCAUAAGGAACUAUGAAUUCAUUGCAAUAGCUGUAAUGAUUGGAGCUGUCCUCACUAUCGUGUUUUCAGGCGAGGACACCCAAAUUGGGCAAUCAGAAGAUCCGCAUGCUGAUGGAAAGCCCCAGUCAUUCUAUAUAGCUCUGAGCUGAGGAAUCAUAGUACUCUUCUCCUUCUCACAUUCUGUGAGAGGAGCAUUGCUGAAGUAUUUCUUUGGAGAUGCUGAAGAGGUUGAUCCUUCAGUGCUCUAUAACUUUGCAAUUACUUUCAUUGAGAUUUUGUUGAUAGGUUAUUUGGUGGUGCUUUACCUGCAAGGAUUUAGAUUUACUCUGUUCGAGUUAUUCAUCGGCACUCUUGGUGGAAUUUUUUAUAGUUUUGGAGGUUACCUUGCUGCAUAUGCAACUGUGAGAGGAAGAGCAGGUGUUGUGAAUUGAUUGAUAGAAAUGAAGACUUUAUUCCAAACAGCAUUUGACUUGAUCUUGUUUGGAAGAUAUCCAAACAUGAUGCAAUACGCUGGAUUAGCUUUAGGAUUUGGAUCAGUAGUUUUUAUUUUGGUUUGAGCUCAUCUGAAAGAAAAACACAAGAAAUAGGAUUGAAUUUAGAAGGUUGAUAAUACUUCUAAUGACUUUCAUAAUAUUU